GAUAACGACUGCCGCGCUGAUCAUGGGUCUUGAACUUGAACGCGCAUUGCAGCUGCAAGAUGAAAUCAUUGAGGCAUACAAGCAGAAAGCUGCGCAACUCAGGGAGUUUGCUGUACAGAUGAAGGAAGGCCCAGCAGCUGCUUUGAAGGCUGGAGAGCGGCGAGCGGCAUUCUUGCUGGAGCUGCAGAAACCUUUGGUGGCCAGGUAUGGCUUCGAAGAGUCUGCAAAGGGUGUGCGGGAUGCCAUGUUUGCAUAUGCCGACAUUGCCGAGAACAACUUGGUGAUGAAGCGCAACAAUCACAUGGAGAGGCUUCUGGCAGCUGGGGAGGACAUUGACUACUACCUUACAGUGGUUGGCCAGCAGGUCAUCCGGAACUUGGGCACAAAAAGACCAGCGCCUCGGAGUGCGUUUCCUUUGAUUCCUCGGGAGGACUUCAUCAAGUCCGUCGAAGGGCGGCUAUUGCCUAUACCACGUGAAGACAUGUUGGCUUCUGACACAACAGAGGAGUUGGUGGCUGCCUGCAAGCGAGGAGAUUCUCGCAAGGCUGAGGCGCUACUUGGCCAGACUGGCGUGGUGAAUCUGGGCUUUCAUGGGCUCGGGGUCGGUGCCACGACCUUUGCAAAGGCCCUAUCUCCAAAGCUGGAGGUCCUGGAACUUGACAUCUCUGGCAAUAACAUUGGACUGGAAGGUGCACAGGCCUUGGCUGCCAGCAUGCCGAAGAACCUGAAGGUCCUGAAGCUCAAUCUCUCACGAAAUCGGCUCACUCUCGCAGGGGUGAAAGCAAUUGCUGAAUCCAUUCCGAGAUCUGUCGAGGUUCUAGGCUUGGGCUUCUCUGGGAUGAAGAUGGGCCCAGAAGGUGGCUCUGUACUGGCCCAAGCGAUUCCACCAGAGGUGAAGGACCUGUCCUUGGACCUAUUUGGCAACAAACUUGGUGGUGAUGGUGUGGAGUCAAUCUCCAAGGCCUUGCCAAAGUCUUUGGAGAAACUUCACCUGGUGCUCCAAGACAAUGAUUUGAGCAGAAGGGGCUUCUUCAUGUUUGACCGGCAGAUUGGUGACCCGGACUACCAGCGGUAUCUUCCAAAUCUAAAGCCUGAAAAUUUCACCAAGAGUGGAGAGUUGGACAUCACCGAGUUCAAAGAGCUAGCAGAUGGGACCAUGAUCCGACAGGUUGACUGGCAAAGAGCCAUCUGACUUCUCAUUUGAUAGUUGCCUUAGUUGCCUUCAAACUUGAUUUAUGACCUCACCUGGUCUGUGGCUAGAGCGGUUUCAGCUCGACAAGUGGCUGAAGAGAGGGAUCCGACCUCCGAUGACAAAA